UAUUCAGUCGCAUUUUUAAUAAAAAAACCCAGAACAUUGUUUAAUUUUUCCUUUUCUUUUUCUGCUUGUCACCAAUUCAAUUCAACUUGACUAUUUCUCCCAAAUUCACUUUAUUAAAGCUUUAUUUAUAAAUGACAGCGGCAAACUUGCUGGGCUUUGUCUUUACAGCCGUCAAAGCGCUGCUCGAGGUUUUCCUCAUUGGGUUCAGCGGCUAUAUCUUUGCGCGCAACGGAACCCUCAACAAACCAACACUCAAGCUCUGGAACGAGCCAAUUUUCUAUUUCAUCUACGGCGGCUUCUCGCUGCUCUGGAGCCGCACCGGCAGUCAGUUUCUGGGGCUCAACCCCGAAUACGCACGGCUCUGCGACGUCGCCACCUUCUUCUCCAAUACCAACACGCUCCCGGUGUCUCUGAUCAAGAGCAUAGCGCUGAGCUCAGGCUCGCAGUUCUUGCUCAAGGACCAGAAUGACACGCCGCUGAAGUCGGCGUUUAAUUCAAACUACGCCAGUCCGCGCACGCCGGCGGGUGCUGGGAUUAGGCUGCCAGAGUCGCCUGCGCUUGUGGCGUCUGGCAGCAACGGGGCGCGCAUUCUCGGCGACAAUGAGCUGGCGGACGAUGAGCUGGCGCCGCUUUAUCUUGGCGCGCCCGCGCAGGCCAUGCGGCGGCCCUCCGCGGUGUCCAGGGCUGUGGCCCUGGCUGGGAUCACACCGCCGGUGUACGCCAUUGUCGCAGCCUUCCUAGUCAUCACCAUUGAGCCCCUGCACCGCGCCUUUAUGGAGCCCAACAAUGUGCUGUACACCCUGUGGUCGGCUAUCGAUAUGUGUGGCGACGCCUGCGUGCCCCUGAUUCUGAUCUCCCUUGGCGGCCAGCUUGGGAUGAUGGCGCGCAAUGCCGCUGCCGCUGCCGCGCAGCAGGCUGUGAAGACACCGGAUAUUGAGCGCCAUGCCGCGGGGUCGCCUGGGAGCACGCGCACGCCGUCGGUUGCGCAGCUGGCUGGGAACUACGCCGGCUCGGUCCCGUCAAUUGUCGUUCGGUCGGCGACCGGUUCCGGAAACAGAAACACGCUGGGCACGCCGGGCUUUUCCGAGCCGGAGGAGGAUGACAAUGCGGAGACGGCUAUUUCAGCAGCGGAGCAGCGCAAGGGCGUCAUUCUGGUGCUCGCCGUGUAUAUCCUGACGCUUCUGAUCCUGUCGGGCACGCCGCCGGCGAUUAAUCUGAUUACGGUGUCACAGGCGACGGGCAAGUUUGAGACUGAGGCUGCGGAAAUUCUGUUCUACGGGUAUAUCCUCGGCAUCUUUGUCUUGGCUAUCGAGGUUUCGGGCUUUUUGUGGCUGACCAGCGUGCUUGGACAAAUGUAA